AUGAGGAGUGGAGGCAGGUGCAACAGCAUAGAAAACUACGAGAAGGUCUGUAGGAUCUCUUCAGGGAGCUUUGGCAACGUGUAUAGGGUGAGGCGCAAGACAGACAACAGGGUGUUUGCUCUUAAACGGAUGAAUCCAUCAAUGUGCUACGACACCAAUGGGUUUUCGAUCCUGUACAUAAGAGAGGUGAUGAUUCUGAAGCACAUAAGGCAUAGAAACAUAAUGGAGAUCGAGGAGGUGGUUGAAGGAUGCGAGAUCAACGAUUUCUUCAUUGUGAUGGAGUGCUGUGACACCGACCUAAGAUCGGUGAUUCACAGUGUCGGGAAGAUCGGCAUGAAGGCAGCUAGGUUCCUCACAUGUCAGAUGCUCAAGGGACUCAAGUUUUUGCAUGGUGCUGGAAUAGUGCACAGAGACCUAAAGCCGUCGAACAUUCUUCUCAUGAGGGACGGGGGCCUGAGGAUAGCAGACUUUGGGCUGGCGCGGGCGAUUGAGAGUCAGAUGACCAAUCUUGUUGUUACCUUGUGGUACAGGCCCAUCGAGAUAUUGCUCGGGUCUGAGACGUACGACGAAUCGAUUGACAUGUGGUCUGUCGGAUGCGUUGUCGGGGAGAUGCUGAGGGGGGAGCCGAUCCUCGCCGGAGAGGGAGAGAUGGACCAGCUGGACAGAAUCUUCAGGCUGCUGGGAUAUCCGACAGACGCUGACUUCGAGGGGCUAGACCUUCCCCACUUCAAAAACAUCAGGAGGCCCAGCACCUUUGAGGCAAGCUUCGAGGGGGAUUUCGAGUGUUAUGGUGAGGAGGCAGCCUCCUUCGUAAGGAACCUGCUAUCCUUUGACCCUAGGAAGAGAUGCACUGCAUCUCAGGGGCUCUGCAGCGGAUUUGUGGCGGAUGCGGAGGAAUGCCCGGGGGAGCUUGUUGAUAUUGUGGGGAGGUGUACUGGAGACAUUUAG